UCCAUCCUCACUGGCGGAGUGAGAAGAGACAGACAGACGAGCAGCUGACUUCACACGGACAGUACUGAACUUUUCACGGAACCGCGCGGUGUCUUUUUGGACCGCUCUCUUUCUGCCCUCACCAUGGCAUCGCCUCAAACUGUCGCGUCUCUACAAGACCGCUUUUUACGACGCCUGAGGGACGGAAGUGAGAAAUAAGAGGGAAGUCGCAGUUGGAGAUAAUUAAGCCCACAAUAUAUCUAUAUAUAUAUAAAAAAAGCGAUUUUCUUUGAUCAAGUUCAAGUUGAGUCGUCAUUGUUGUUGAUUUCCCUGGAGGAAAGUUGGUCUUAACAGUGUGGGAUCAUGGACGCGCAUGUUAAAGAGGGACAGCUCUACGUGCAGCACCAAAAGUUUGGGAAGAAAUGGAAGAAAAACUGGUUCGUCCUCUACCCCGCCAGCCAGAACGGCAUCGCCCGCCUGGAGUUCUUCGACUCUCCCUCAGGCGGAGGCGGGUCCGGCGGGAGCUCGGUAAGCGGCUCCAACGAGAAAACCAGGAAGCUGGACAAGAAGAUCAUCCGUCUGUCUGAGUGCAUCUCCAUUCUGCCUGCUCUGACCGAGAGCUGCCCCAAAGACAACAUGGCGGCUUUCUGCGUGGAAACAAAUGACAAGACGCACGUGUUUGCGGCAGAGAAGAACACUGCGAAGGACUGGAUGGACACCAUGUGUGACAUUGCUUUUCAGGGAGGGACUGGCAGCAGCCUGACGGACUGUAAUGGAGGACCCCAGGACCUGCAGAUGUCUGAGAACCUCAUCUACUACUCCAGGGACGAGGUGAAUGAGUUCUGGGUGACGGUUCAACGCACCGAGGCGUCUGAACGUUGCGGUCUCGCAGGGAGCUACUGGCUGAAAGCAGAAAACGAAGCGCUGAUUUUGAAGGAGCCCAAGACGAAAAGGAACAUCCUGGUGUGGCCCUACAAGCUCCUGAGGAGAUACGGCAGGGACCGGGUGAUGUUUUCUUUUGAAGCGGGACGCCGCUGCGACUCCGGCCCUGGCAACUUUACCUUCGAGACAAAACAAGGCAAUGAGAUCUUCACACUGGUUGACUUGGCCAUCCAGUCUCAGAAGGCUCAGGCCGAGGAGCGCCACCUCAGCGGACCCCAGAGCUUAGACCCCGACUGCCCUUUGUCCCUCCAGUACAUUCGGAGUGGCGUUCCCGGCUGCGGCAUGGCGGCGGGAAGCGGGGACAGCAGUAGCUGCAGCAGUCGGGAAGCGGACGGCGAUUCCGGCGGCAGCAAGCCGGGCUCGGCUGACGGAGUGCUUGGGAAGAGGGAGGGCGGAGACGGAGUCGGAAGAGGGCAGGGAGGACACAAAGGGAGGAGCUUACCAGAACCCCCAGCACCCAGAGGACUGGCAGGGAAAGCUGUAGCCCCGCUCGAUGAACAGACGAGUCUUUAUUCUGAGCCAGCAGACUCGGUGCGACUGCUUGUUCCCAUUUGUGACGGCCUUUACUCAGACCCAGUGGACACCAUCAAGGGUCAGAACCAAACCUCGCCUCCGAUGCCAACGCCACGCCUUCGACCUGUGGGCGACGACUCCUGCGGAGGGGACCAUCACCACACGGGAAGCAACCAAAAGAAAGUUCCUGACCUGUAUUCGCAUUUGUACGACCAGAUCGCCGUGGAUCUGAGCCAGAAGACGGGCGCCCUGAGCCUGAACGGGUCGGCCGGAGGAGGAAGAGGCGCCGGGAAGGGGGUGAUUAGCAGCAAAAGACCCCCAGGAGGUCAUGGGGAAGGGGCUUCACCCCCUCCUGCGCCCUCUGCGGACCACAUAUAUGACGAGCCAGAAGGCUGCGCCAAAGGAAGCAGCAGCCUUCCCGUAAGCCUUGGGAUGACCGUUUAUGACGAGGCCCGGUUGGAGCCUCAGCGGCGACAGGAAGAGCUCGGGCCUCCGUCAGGACUGGACGCCACCUACAUCACCGCCUCCCACGGGAAGCCGACGGAGCUGCAGAAACACUCUCCAAAGCUGCUGGGCCUAAGUCGCGGAACGCCGCAACCCCCGACGCCAAAGUUCCCCAAACCUGCCACCGCUCCAAAGCCCAACAAGAGUGCCUUCGCUCGGAAGGAGCCGGUACCUCUUCCCGCUGGGAAACACGGCGUUUCCGGUAGCAACGUAAACAACAACAACAACAUGUGGAGCUCCGGAGGAGGCGGGAAGGAGCUGUACAGCAGAGUGUCGAAACAGAAGCCUCCUCCAUCCGCUAUGUGGUGUAAUAAGAACCACCAGGCCCCGCUCCGGGCACCUGAUAUAAUUUACGACAACUUGGGAGACAUUUGACCGCUCCUGUAAGACGCGGACCAAGAAACAAAUCUUUACUCUCUCUCGCUGAAAAACGGAGCGAAGCUUCGGAGCAGAACGGCGGCUGGGCAGCUGCCUCGGGAUUUUCUCGUUUCACAUUUGUUCCAUCCGCGCGGACUGCAACAAUUAUCUGAGACGGUCAGCUGGUUCGGAGGAGAUUAGCUCACAACUAUGAGAAAACCACAUUAUGGGCGCAAUUUGAAAUGUGGCGUGCAGUGAUUGCUGGGCCACCCUGUGAGCGUGUCAUAGAGAGGGAGCGUGUUUGCAUGGGCAAAGCCAUAAUUGGCAUACCAAGCCACAGUGCGGCCGGAGCCAGCCACUUCACUGGAACACACACACACACACACACACACACACACACACACACACACACACACACACACAACCCAAAUGGAUUUGUCUUCACUUUAACAAGCUGAGAGAAGGAAAGUGGCCUGGUUCCUCUUUUCCUACAAACUCCUGCUGUGCUUAUGAAAAAGACAGACAUAUUUUUGCACUGCGUCUCUUCUGUGUUUAAUGUGAAACAGAAUGUGAAGGUCAGGAGUCGAUCUUUGACGUCAACAAAAGGAAAGCCCUUUUUUGUUUCUGGACUCCCCCAAUGAAACGGGGGGAGUGAAAAUGGGACGGCUUCGGGUUUUGGAAACACAAAAUGGGUCAGAAUCUCUGCAUGUUUUGUUCGUUGGAUUUUAAUCCGAACCCAGUAAUGAAAAA